AUGUCUAAUUUUCUGGACCAGCUGAUAAUGGAGGAUGUGGCAGCUCAUUGUCCCAAACAAUUCAUGGAAUACCACAAAUGUGUCUCCAAAAACCACGAUGAUCCUUCACAAUGCGUUUACAGACGUAAUGAUCUAUCGAAAUGCAUCAAUGCCAACGUUCCAACAGUCCAACGUGUGAUGAGCCAGUGUGCUGACAUUAUGAAGAAGUACGAAUUAUGCAUCAAGGAAAAUAUGGCCUCGAGAACUAUCAAUGAAAAUUGUUUGGGGAUUCUUGCAGAGCUGCGCAGUUGUGCAGAAGCUCAAAUGCAAAAGGAUGGUACUAGACCAAUCAAUGAGAUGUUCGUUUAUGAAAAAAAAUAG